AUGCCCACGCAGACGGAAGCCCCAACGGUGACAUUGCCGCCGCGAAAGAAGCCCAAGUCGCGCGACGGAUGCCAGCGCUGCAAAGUAAAGAGGCUCAAAUGCGAUGAGACCAAGCCGGACUGCCGCAACUGCGUCAACCGCGGCAUCGUUUGCCCUGGCUACAAGAAGUUCAUCAAGUGGAGCACCAAGUAUGAGGCAUACAUGCCAGAUGCUUCGCGCACGCUUAUACUCGGACCAAACCAGCUGAAGGAAGAUAAGCGACUAUGGAGCGCCAACAGAACCACUAAUUCUAUCGAAUCAUCCAGCCCAGAAGAGGAGACUGAGCGCCCAAGGAAACGACUUAGGAGGACAGAGAGAGCUGGGCAGACGCUCGGAUGCCAAACCCGAAAUGCGGGGCAAGAUGCAAGAUUGUCGUCGGAAGAGGGGACCGACGCCCGGAGGCGUGUCGCAGCUCUCGAGGAGCACAUUGCACGGGUCGCAGAGUGUGUGCAACCGGUUCAAGACGAGCCCGAGGAGGAUGUGGUACAAAGCAUCGAAACAGCCGAAGAACCAAGCGUGGAUGAUGACGCCGCACCACCACCCGUCCCGGAAACACCAGCUUUAGAUAUCUUACCCGAGGACAACACUUCAUUCCCCGACUUCGGCGAGUUUGAGAUCCCGGAUCUGGAUUUCUCUAACUUGGAAGUGCCUCCUUUCGAAGUCCCUGUUGAUCUACUGGAAGAGGAAGAAGCCGAAGAGAACGUAGAGUCACAUGAUUUGGUCACCCAAAAUGAUACCCAGGACUAUAGCUGGCUCUCACGCGAGCUGCUUCGCAACUUCUAUGGCAUGAACUCGGCCCCGUCUCGCGGUCCUGCUUUCUUCGAACCCGGCAUGGCUCUUGUUGAACACUACUUCAAGAGUGUUUGUGCCCUCUAUUCCUCCUUCGACUCUGCACUGAACCCGUUCCGCACAGCCGUAGGUCGGAUUUGGGACUCCAGUCCCUCCGUAAAUUAUGCCAUCCAGUCCAUGGCUGCCGCCCAGCUCGCCAACUUCUACCCGCAAAUGGUCGUGACGGGAUUGGAGCUUCAACGUAAGGCAUAUCAGCACUUGCAGGACGAGAUGGCUAUGGUGACAGCCGGCUGCCAGAGCAGUGAGCGCGCGUUGCUCGCCAUCUUACUUCUCGGCCUUACAGCAUGCUGGCACGAUGAAAACGACCUUGGCUUGACGCAUCUGGCGGCUGCACGAACUCUGAUUUAUCCACGUCUGAUCGCCCCCGUUCCUCCCGAGAACAAGGUCAUCCGACGGCAGAACCAGUUCUUUGAAGAAGCUCUGAUCUACUGGGAGAUGCUGAUCGGCUUCGUUUCGCAAGAAUCGGCCAUAAAUGACGCGGCAGGACGUCACAGCAAGCCAUGGCAGUCCGGUAGUGGAGGACUUGGUCCCCUGGGCAUCGCCUCUUCGUUCAUGAGCGGCAACCGCAGCCAGGCCUUCGUCAACGGGAACAAGCUUCUCCCGCAUCCCUGGACGGGCAUCGCGCCCAACGUGCAAAUGCUCUUCGCCGAAGUUGGCCGGCUGGUCCGCCACGAGCGCCUUUCCCACCAACAGUCGACCUGCCACGCCAGUCUCUCCGACCCCAUGGGCUACUCGACCCGCCCGCCCCCAACCACGCCCUCAGCCCAGCAAGACCAGCGCGACAAGCACGCCUGGGCGACGCUGCUCGAGGAGCAGCUGCUGUCGUCGGACCUGCCCGCGGCGGCGGACCUGAUCGACCCGGGCGACGCGGCGACGGCGCGGCGCGACUUCGUGCAGCUGGGCGAGGCGUACCGGUGCGCGGCGCUGCUGGAGAUCUACCGCGUGUACCCGCGCAUCCUCAAGCGCCGCCUGGGCGCCGACUCGACGUCGGGCGGCUGGGAGAAGACGGGCAUCUGCAGCCUGACGCCGUCGACGCCCGGCACCGCGCGCGAGGACACGGACCUGCGCAUCUGGCUCAACAGCCUCGCCCUGCACGUGCUGGAUUUGCUCGAGGAGCUGCCCCACAGCUCGGGCACCUGCAGCACUCAGCCCAUCUUGCUCGUCGCCGCUGCUGGCGAGCUGCGGUUCGUGUCGAGCUUGGACUACUUCGAUUUGCACGCCAACAACGAGAAGGUGAGGCAUGCGAGGGAGUUUGUGAGGGAGAGGUUGAGGGAGUUCGCGAAGCGGUUGCCGAGUAAGCCGCUGAUGCGGAUGAUGCUGUUGGUGGAGGAAGUUUGGAGGAGGCUGGACGCCGGUGACAAGGACGUCUUCUGGUUGGACGUCAUGUGGGAAAAGGGGUGGCAGACUAUCAUGGGUUGA